CAGCCCAACCAAGGAAACCUACUGCAUCCUAUUGCAUGCAGCCCUUAUUCCUGCUAAUCCCCCUCCAGCUCAGUGCCUUGUAACAGCCCUCCAAGUCACACCUGCUAAAACAACCACUAAAUCCCCCCCCUUCCAAGAAGUGGCUUUGCCCUGUUUCUGGCCUGAGAGCUCAGUAAUACAGGCCAGGUGCAGCUGGUUAGCCCGAGGACACAUUUCACCUGGAUGCCUGCUCUCCUCUCCCAGGGCCCACUGCAGUCCCAAAUCCCUGUAGCAGCUUUUCCUGUGUGGCUCUGGCUUUUCUUAUAAACCAGGGCUCGGGAAGCACAAGGGGUUUUCUCUGUUCCAAGGGGCUUCAGUUUGGGCGAGGAGGGAAGGAGACCAUCUCUUCAAGGCCUCUAGGAUGUAGUGCCAGAAGCCGGUGGGCUCUUGUUGCACUGGCAGCCCUGUGAAGCAGAUGAAGUGCCAUGUUGUCCCGUAGCUCCAUGGUGGCCUUGAGGCUUGGCUCCCAGCCCAGCUGCAGCACCCCAGUCCAGGUGCAAGCAAACCCCUUCUCUGCCCUGCACUUGCUUCCGCGCAGGACCUCGCUUCUGCCCCCGCUCAGCCAGGAGGACUUCUUUGAGAGCUUCGAUGGGAGCUUCUAUGAUGUGAACGAUAUUUUUGGGGGUGACUCGUUUGAGUGCGACUGCUCCGUGCCCGAUCCGCAGCUGAUCAAGAGGAUUGUUUCUCAAGUGGAGUUCUACUUGUCUGAUGAAAACCUCGCCAAGGAUGCCUUCCUCCUGAAGCAUGUCCAGAAGAACAAGAUGGGUUUUGUGAGCAUCAAACUACUGACCUCUUUCAAGAAGGUGAAAUACCUCACCCGAGACUGGCGGCUCACUCUGUAUGCCCUGCAGUUCUCGGAGCGCCUAGAAGUGAAUGAGGAAGGGACCAAGGUGAGGCGGAGAAACGCCAUCCCAGAGUCUCUCUUGAGCAUCCCACCGAGCAAGCUGCUCCUGGCCUGGAACCGCCUGCCCCAGGAGCAAGCCCUGUCCCUGCCGCUCCAAAAGAGCUUCAUCGAGACCAUCACCAAGAUGUUCAGCCCGUUCGGUGCCAUCACCUCCAUCCGCAUCCUGCGGCCCGGCAAGAAGCUGCCGUCGGAUGUGAAGAAGUAUUCCUUCCGCUACCCCGAGCUGCUGACCAAGUGCUGUGCCUUGGUGGAGUACGAGAGCCUGGAGAACGCCAGGAAGGCCUACGAGGAGCUGAACCACAGCCAGGGCUCGCUGGGCAUCAAGGUGGUCCGUCUCUCGGGGAAAGGCUCCAAGAAGAAGAGCGGGGCUGAGCAAGAGGAGGCGGAGGAGGUGGAGCUGGCUGGCAAGCCAGGCUGGAAGCCGCAGGCAUUGCCGGCGUCAGAGAAGAUGCCGUGUAGCGCGGGAGACUCCUUCUUCUGCAGCUCCUCGGAGUCCGACAGCACGCCGACUUCGCCUCCCGUCCUAAUGCAGCAGUAUCUCUCUUCUCCGGCGUGGCCCGCCAGCAGCCUCUGCAGCUUCAAACCCUGCUUCUUCAGCACCCCGUACUCCAGCCCUCUUCUCUCCAGUAAAGCCCUCCAGUGCCCUUCAUCCCUGGCUGCCGAGCUGGGGAGCGGAGGCUCGUCCAGCCUGAGCACGAGCACCAGCCCCGAGUACCAACGAUUUUCUGACUCCUGCUGGGACAGCGGGAUCGGGUCCGGCAGCUCGUGGGUGCAGCGGCGACGCGCGGCAGCCCAGAGCCCGCCUCUGGAAACCAAACCUCUGCUCUGCAGCCCUCUGGCACCAAGGAAGGUGCCCGACUCCUUCGGCCUUCGACCGGGUGUGAUCCGUCUGCCCCACGGGCCGGAUGGGACCAAAGGCUUCUACAACAGCAUCGGGAGAGGGAGGCUGGUCCUGAGGCACUAAUGCUACCGCUGCUGCUUCUCUCAAGUAAUGUAACCUUUCUAAUUUUUUUUUUUUUUUUUUUUUUUUU